AUGGACCGAGUCGACAAAGAACUUGCCAGAUCGCUAACUAUCCACCAUUACCGUCCAGAACAAACCCCCUGGCGUCGUCUUGGCCAAUACCUAUACCGAGUCGUCGAAGAUGGAUCUCACACACAAUACCGCCUCUCAGCGAUCGAAAGUCUGAUCCCACCACAUAGCGAAGGGCCCGUGUUCCAUUUUCAUGAGAUGCACGAUGAGGGAUUCUAUGUCACAAAAGGAAAAGUGCGCUUCCAUUCGCCCGGACGGGAUGAUGUAGAUGCAUCGGCCGGGGAGUUCGUCGUGAUUCCAAUCCGGUUGCCUCAUAGAUUUAGCAAUCCGUUUGACGAGGACGCGAUAUUCAUGAAUACGAUUACCCCCGGGUUCUUCGUACGGUAUUUCGAGUGUCUGGAGGAGUUGAUUGGCAAUGGGACGGUGUUGACUCCGGAGAUUAAUAAGGAGGCGUUGAGGAGGUUUGCAACGGUACCGUUGUUGCGGGAAGAUAUUGAUGAGAUGGAGAUGGAAAAGACGGAUGGGGAAAGGUAUAUUGAUCAGCUGCAGAAGGGAUAG